UUAUCCGCGACUUCGACCUCGCCCCGCGCCACCUCACCCCCCGCCCCGAUGCUCACGCAUAAGGGCUUCUCUGCCUGGAUAACAGUCGCAGGCAGCCCCCUGCCCGAGUACUUAGUUGGGCAAGACGCGACAGGUAAUAGUGUCAAUUGUUGGAUACCGGCUGUUCAAGGCCAGAACUUCUCUGUUCACUGGAAAGACCACGGUGGCAAAGUGGACACGGCCUCGUUUAUCUAUUUAGAUGGUCUAGCCGUCCCCGGCCGGUUUCUGUUUGGCGAGGGCGAAGCUUCUCGGAGCGGAGUGCGCUCCUCUCCGACAUCAGAGCGGCCCUUUGUGUUCCAGGAACUAGCGGAAGAUUCGUCGAAUCCGUCGGGUCAAGAGAGUGGAAUAGUGCUCUUGAAGAUCAAGCGUAUCACAAAAGUCGGGGGACGACCCGCAAACCCGCUUCAGAAUAUCCCGCAGGGUACCGUCGGACGAGGCAGGGCCGGCGAAAUGCGUAUUGGGUUUGGGGUCGACCAGCCUACGAACCCACAGUAUCCGCACACUUGGAGCGUGCUUCCGUACGAGAAAGACUCGACAAGCAACACGAAAACGCCAAGCACCUACGUUUCUUUUGUUUUUCGCUAUCGUUCUGCCGAGUGGCUGCAAUCGCAGAGUAUCAUGCCUAAGGGCGAUACCAUUCCACCGCCAUUACCCGCCGACACCCGGCGCGCAAGUGUGCAGAGCACGCCCAUGACUCCGAGAGAAAGCCCAGAUCCACCGGAGUCCACUCCGCCAUACAAGAAGCUGCGCUCAGAGAAGCCAGGGUUGCAGGGGAAGACCUCAUCACCCACGGGCCGCGCGCGGCGACCUUCUGGUGACAGGCGCCGAACGGCCAGUUAUCAGACUCCAGCUAGUCGACAAGCGUCGAUGGAACAUGUCUUCCACUUCCCCUUGCUGAAGGAGGAAGUGGACAAUGAUCCAGACUGGAAACCCUGA